AUGUCAACAGCACCAAUUAAACAUGAAGGUUUCCUCACUAAAGAAGGUGGUGGUUUCAAAAGUUGGAAAAAGAGAUGGUUCAUUCUCAAAGGUGGUGAUUUAAGUUAUUAUAAAACAAAAGGUGAACUUGUACCAUUAGGAGUUAUUCAUUUAAAUACAUCAGGUCAUAUUAAAAAUUCUGAUCGUAAGAAAAGAGUUAAUGGAUUUGAAGUACAAACACCAUCACGUACAUAUUUCUUAUGUUCAGAGACAGAGGAAGAACGUGCAAAAUGGAUAGAGAUAUUAAUUAAUGAAAGAGAAUUAUUAUUGAAUGGUGGUAAACAACCAAAGAAAUCGGAAAAGGUAGGAGUUGCAGAUUUUGAAUUAUUGAAUUUAGUUGGUAAAGGUAGUUUUGGUAAAGUUAUUCAAGUUAGAAAGAAAGAUACUGGUGAAGUGUAUGCAAUGAAAGUUUUAUCAAAGAAACAUAUCGUAGAGCAUAACGAAGUCGAACAUACAUUGAGUGAGCGUAAUAUUCUUCAAAAGAUCAAUCACCCAUUUUUGGUUAAUCUCAACUACAGUUUUCAAACAGAGGAUAAGCUUUACUUUAUCUUGGAUUAUGUUAAUGGUGGUGAGUUAUUCUAUCAUCUUCAAAAGGACAAAAAGUUUACAGAGGAUCGUGUCCGUUAUUAUGGCGCAGAGAUCGUAUUGGCAUUGGAACAUUUACAUUUGUCGGGUGUCAUCUAUAGAGAUUUGAAACCAGAGAAUUUACUACUCACCAACGAGGGUCACAUUUGCAUGACCGAUUUCGGUCUUUGCAAAGAGGGUCUAUUGACACCAACCGACAAAACUGGUACUUUCUGUGGUACUCCUGAAUAUUUAGCACCCGAAGUACUUCAAGGCAAUGGUUAUGGUAAACAAGUGGAUUGGUGGAGUUUUGGUUCUCUCCUCUAUGAAAUGCUCACUGGUUUACCACCAUUCUACAAUCAAGACGUCCAAGAGAUGUAUCGUAAGAUCAUGAUGGAGAAAUUAUCUUUCCCACAUUUCAUUUCUCCAGAUGCUCGUUCCCUCUUGGAACAACUCUUGGAAAGAGAUCCUGAAAAAAGACUUGCCGAUCCAAAUCUUAUUAAAAGACAUCCUUUCUUCCGUUCCAUCGAUUGGGAACAAUUAUUCCAAAAGAAUAUUCCACCACCAUUCAUUCCAAAUGUUAAAGGUUCUGCUGAUACCUCUCAAAUUGAUCCAGUUUUCACUGAUGAAGCUCCUUCUUUAACUAUGGCUGGUGAAUGUGCUUUAAAUCCGCAACAACAAAAAGAUUUUGAAGGAUUUACAUAUGUCGCUGAAUCUGAACAUUUAAGAUAA